CUUUUUUCUAAUUUUUUCUUCUUCAUCGCUCUCAUUCCAUCGUCGACAGUGGACGGAACUAAACAGUAAUAGCAGCAACAGUGCAACAGUGGCAGUAGCAAUAGCUUGUAGUGACAUCAGGACAUCAAAGUAGAACUCAUCGUCCGCUAAUCGUCCACUGGCUUGCUCAUUCACGUCUGACCUUUCAUUCUAAAAAACCAGCAAUAUGGGCCAAAUUUCUGCAGUGACCGCAUGGCUUAUUCUAACCUCUGCAGCUGGGGCAGCCUUUCUUAUUAUUACGACCGCUGACGAUCCUGUCAUUGUCAAUAUCUGUUUUUCGGUCCUUGCUGGAAUUAUAACAUGGUAUGCCAUUCCGGCAUUAUCCGAAAUUUUUAUCAAGGCUGGAUUGAAGGGCAUGGAUCUGAGCAAGAAGAGCAAGAAUAUUCUACCCGAGAGUAUGGGCAUGGUUGCAGGCUUGAUCUACUUGGUUACUAUGUUUGUAUUUAUCCCAUUCCCAUUUAUGAGAUGGUUUACGGCUACGCGCGAUGGGGAUUCGCAAGAACUUAAUACGCUACUGACCUUCCCUAAUUUGAAGCUGGCAGAGCUACUAUCUGCACUUCUCUCAAUUCAAUCCAUGGUAUUCUUAGGCUUUGCAGAUGAUGUAUUGGACAUCCGUUGGCGAUUCAAAAUGCCUUUGCCAGCCAUUGCGUCCAUUCCAUUGCUUAUGGUCUACUGGGUGAACAUGGGUGUUACUCAUAUUGUCGUACCAAUUCCUUUGCGCUUCAUCUUUGGUCAAUUGAUUGAUCUUGGUGCAUUAUAUUACGUAUACAUGGCUAUGGUGGCUAUAUUUUGCACCCAUUCUAUCAAUAUUAUGGCAGGCAUCAAUGGCGUCGAAGUUGUUCAAUCGCUUGUGAUUGCCUGCUCCAUUGCCGUCAACGAUUCGCUCUUCCUCAACGCCAAUACCAGCGGAGCCCCUGCAAUUGAGACUCAUCGCUUCUCACUCUAUUUUAUCUUGCCUUUUAUUGGCGUCAGCAUCGGUUUACUUACUCACAACUGGUACCCUUCCAGCGUCUUUAUCGGGGACACAUAUUGUUACUUUGCAGGAAUGACCUUCGCAGUCGUAGGGAUUCUUGCGCACUAUAGCAAAACACUUCUUUUGUUCUUUAUUCCCCAAAUAUUCAACUUUAUCUUAUCGGCACCGCAAUUGUUCCGACUGGUGCCCUGCCCUCGGCACCGCGUUCCUCGUUACAAUAGAGGAACUAAUCUUAUGGAGCCUAGUCGUGUGGUCCUGGAUCAGGAAAAUCUUGAUGCGGACGUAACAUGGCGCAUUCAACAUCAAUAUCAGCAUCGAUCGCUUAUCAAAUCACCAUCAUUUUCUCUAUCUUCCUCACCAGCAAACCUGGAUAAUAGGGAUUCAACCACCAUCACCACAACGGAGCCUCCUUCUCCCUCACUGUCAUUUGCAACUAAAUCAUUUUUGAUCCGUCCCUCAAAUUGUAAAUUGAGUUUGCCAGGAUGGUACAGUAUCAAAAUCCUCGAGAUCCUUGGCUUGACUCAAGUAGAGUACGAUGCCAGGACAGGACAGCUACCCCUCGAGAUGACCAACUUGACCAUUUUAAACCUAAUACUACUUAAGACAGGACCAAUGUCGGAAAGAAACCUAACCAUCUCUGUUAUGAUUGUCCAAACGAUAUGCAGUCUUGUCGCAUUCUUCAUCCGGUAUCGACUGGUAGCGUUUGUUUAUGAUGUCGUAUCAUAGGUGUACC